AUGAAGACCUCUCACAAAAAGGCACCUGCAGGGCAGGAAACCAGAGACGCAGUAAAUCACCAUAGCGGAUCUGCAAAUGUGAAGAAGAAAAAAAGGUCUCAUAAGAAACGGAGGGGAAGACCUUCGUCCCAGCCCCGCAGGAACAUCGUGGGCUGCAGGAUUUCCCACGGGUGGAAGGAAGGCGACGAGCCCAUCACCCAGUGGAAAGGAACCGUUCUGGAUCAGGUGCCUAUAAACCCGUCUCUUUACCUGGUGAAAUAUGACGGCAUUGACUGUGUCUAUGGACUGGAACUUCACAGAGAUGAGAGAAUUUUAAAACUUAAAAUACUUCCUGAUAAGGUGCCACUGUCUCGAGUCAGAGAUGUGGGCCUUGCCAACUCCAUCAUUGGCAAAGCGGUGGAGCAUCUGUUUGAGGGCGAGCAGGGCUCUAAGGAUGAAUGGAGAGGGAUGGUGCUGGCCCAAGCGCCAAUCAUGAAAGCGUGGUUUUACAUUACCUAUGAGAAAGAUCCCGUCUUGUACAUGUACCAGCUUCUGGAUGACUAUAAGGAAGGAGACCUCCGUAUCAUGCCAGAGCCCAGUGAGUCUCUAGCAGAGAGGGAGCCAGAAGGAGUCAUAGAUGGCCUGAUAGGCAAACAUGUGGAAUAUACCAAAGAAGACGGCUCCAAACGGACAGGCAAGGUCAUUCACCAAGUGGAAGCCAAACCCUCUGUGUACUUCAUUAAGUUUGAUGAUGAUUUCCACAUCUAUGUCUAUGAUUUGGUGAAAAGGUCCUAUUAGGGUAUAAUUUGUCACAUUUGUGGAGGCCAAUGUUUGAUUUGGAGGCACAAAAAUGUAGCUUUUUAAUGUAUAGAAAGCUUUAGACUCCCUACCAAUGAACAUCUUUGCCAGCAUAACUUGUUUGUUCUAAGAAAUACAAAUGUGUGUGGACAUGACAUGCUGUGUGGAAGGACU